UUUUGCCGUCAUUGGUCGUUGUCAGUAAUGCUUUGUAUUUCUAUGAUAAGAGUACUUUUCAGUAAAAAGUGUGGGGUCAAGAUCUGCGCGCUUAUCUGCUGUAGAUUUAGUAUUGAAACCACGGGCUAGCUGUUGAGUUACCUUCUGCAAUCGCCAUUGUCACAACUUCAGCAAGCACAGAUUCCUUGAGGUUUAGUUCUUGCUUAAUAGAGCUCACUAGAAACUCACCAUUAUCGACAAUCAUGAUUGGUGUUGCUGCUGGUCCACCAACGUCAACGGCAGAACAGGCACGAGGUCGCGCCAGAGCCAACACAUGGAACUUUAGUCGUGUAAGUCUUUCGGUUCUCCUUCUAUUUCUGGACUUUGAAAGUCGACUGUUAUAGACCCGCUCUAGACCCUGCUUCUCCCAAGCUGCAGGUCUGAUCUCCAACUCCUCAGACGGAUUGCAGCGGUGAGAAGACGAGUGGGUUUGUUCUGGCGGGGUUCACUGGACAAGCGCCUGUUGAUUCUCAAUGCGCUGUUGCCUUGAAUCCAGAGUGUUUGCUUAUUUUUGACUCAUAUUUUGAUUCAAUACUGAGUCUGUUUCUGUGAUUCCUCAAGUUGGCUGCCAAGCAAGUCGGAUAUCCGCCCAUUGUAGGUCGGAUAGAUUCGGGUCCAGCCAGUGGAGCAAGUUUGCACUGCUGCAGUUGGUACACCUGGCGCAGUUGCACCAGCUGGCACAGAUGGUACCAUGAUGAGCAUUGGCUAUUUGCAUUGCUUUUGGCAUCCCCCGCAAAAAUAAUAUUCAUAUUUCUCGCUUGCUUAUUCCAUUCUGGGUAUAAUGUCCACGCGACACUCUGCUGCCAAGUGGCAGACAGCUGGCAACCUAUUUGGUACAAAUCCUUGUUGCCUCACUGAUCUUGCUUCUUCUACUCCAUCUUCAUCCCAUCACGAUGCCCACAUGCCCCCAGUACACACACACACACACACUACAAGACGCCCUUCGCCUCACUUUUGUUGUGUUAUAUCCCAUUUGCAAUUUAUAUUCCAUUCGUCACGCGGCAAGCCAUCAACGGCUAUUCCAGCCUCAUUCCCAUAUUCUCCGUCCCCGGUAGCCCGCUGCCGUUCCCCCGAGCCACAUACCGCCCUGCGCCGACUAUUACCUUCUGCCUCUGUCUCUAGCGGCAACUCGCCAGUGGGGGUGCGUGCCACUACAGGGGGAUCCAGACUGCAAAGAGGCGGGACAAGGUGGAGGAACUAAGCCGAGGCCGCCUCACGCGAUCAACCUUUUUUCCCCAAAAGAGAACCGACCAGUUUGCGUCCUUGUCCUGUCAACUGCUUGUUCCAAUCCUUUCUUACUCUCCAACGUCAUUACCUUGCGCCAAAGAGCACUUUUCUUUCUUGUUCAUAUUAUUCGUCGUGGGAUCGCGGGCCCUCUGUACCCCUCAUCAACCCACCACCCACCGUCAAUCCUUAGCGGCCUGGAGCUGCUGCCUCUCUACAGGAAGCCAGUGCUUCCUUCACCCAAUCACCACAUCACAGCAGACGACGAGUCUUCCAAAAUGCCUUCAAAAGUUAACGGAGUCGGCGUACAGGCCGAUGAAACCAAGAUUUGCGUGGUAAUGGUAGGCUUGCCCGCCAGAGGCAAGAGCUACAUUGCACAGAUCGCACAACGGUAUCUUGCGUGGCUUUCCAUUCCUUCAAAAACCUUCAACGUCGGCAAUUACCGGCGCAAUGACGCACCACAGCCCACCGCCGACUUCUUCGACACGAAUAACCAGGAGGGCGAGAGAAAACGCCGCGCAGCUGCAGAGGCGGCGGUUGCCGACAUGAUUGCUUGGUUUCAAGCAGGCGGCGUCGUAGGAAUUCUCGACGCAACAAAUUCGACAAAGGAGCGCCGCAAAUGGAUCUCGGAAAAGUGCGGUGCGCUGGGCAUCGAGGUUCUCUUUGUGGAGUCCAAGUGCGACGACGAGGAAACCAUCAUGGCCAACAUCCGCGAUGUCAAGACUACCAGCCCCGACUACAAGGGCCAAGAUCCCGAAGAGGCGGCUCAAGAUUUCCGCAACCGCAUUCGCCACUAUGAAAAGGUCUACAAGACCAUUGAUGGCGACGGCGACGAAAGCGACUACACAUACCUCAAGAUUCUGAACAUUGGCAAGCAGGUCAUCAUCAACCGCAUCCAAGACUACUUGCAAAGUCGCAUUGUGUACUAUCUCAUGAACCUUCACAUUCGCCCCCGCUCCGUCUGGCUCUCUAGACACGGUGAAUCCAUGUACAACCUUGGUGGCCAAAUUGGCGGUGACGCAUUACUAUCUGAGCGCGGCGAGCUCUAUGCCAGAAAGCUCCCAGAGAUGGUUCGCGAUUCAGUCGGCGACGACCGCCCAUUGACAGUGUGGACAUCCACUCUGCGACGAACCAUUGCCACCGCACGAUUCCUCCCUCCUCACUACAACCAGCUCCAGUGGAAAGCGCUUGAUGAGCUGGAUUCGGGUGUGUGCGACGGCCUGACCUACCAGGAAAUCAAGGACCGGUAUCCGGAAGACUUUGUCGCCCGCGACGAGGACAAGUACAACUACCGCUAUCCUGGCGGUGAAUCAUACCGCGACGUAGUCAUCCGCCUGGAGCCCAUCAUCAUGGAGCUGGAGCGCAGCGAGGAUAUCCUGAUUGUGACUCACCAGGCCGUCCUUCGCUGCAUCUACGCCUACUUCAUGAAGAAUGACCAGUCCAAGAGCCCGUGGAUGAAUGUACCUCUCCACACACUGAUCAAGCUUACACCCCGAGCCUACGGAACGGAGGAAGUACGGUAUUCUGCCAACAUUCCUGCCGUGAGCACCUGGCGCGGCAAGGGUAGCACUGCAAAGCACGAGUCUCCGGGCACAGAAGUGUCGCAUUAAACGGAGCUAUGAUAAAAGGAUGAUGAUUUGUUAUGAAGGAUAGCAUAUAAAGCAUUAGUUGGCAAUCUGGGCCCAGAGAGGGAACACUGUACAUAUAGCGCCGCAUCAGAAUUCAACUCUAUUACACUG